AUGGUGCCGAAGCUUGAAGAUCCCAACAUGUGGAUUCGGCCGUCCCUCGACGCCCUAUCGUUGAUGAGCGAGGCUGAGCUUGCCCGUGUCGACAACCUGGCUAUUGGCCACUACUCCUACGGCAAGAUCACGUGGCCUGGCCUCACUGAUGUACGCUACUUGUCGGUGGACGACACUGUGAAGUUCACUGCAUCGGGUGUUGUUGUCUUUCUAGACGAUUCGGUCCGUCCCCCGGUUGGUAAGGGACUCAAUAAGCCUGCUGUAGUAGAGCUGUAUGUGAAGCCGAAGAAUGCCAAGAAGGCGCGGCAACAGCCCGAGAAGUACAUUGAUCGUAUGCGACAGUUGACUGAGGCCUUGAAUGAUGCUACCUUUCUCUCCUACGAUUUGGAGACUUGGCGGUUCAAGGUUGAUAAUUUCAACAGAGGGCUGGGAAAUGGCCCGCUCCGGUAA